UGCACACCUUGAUAUAGGGUGUUGAUCACUAUAGGCCACUCCCUCCCUCAUUACACAAAUACACAUCACCUGAUAAUGCUUAAAUCCAAUUAGCAUUCAAGUUUAUAUAGCUUGGAGUUGGAAAAUGUCCAUGAAAAAUGGCAAUAAGGUCAAAAUACUCACUUGCCUAAUAAAAUCUGCACACAGUGUAAUCAUGCAUGUCAAACUCUAGACUUCUCAGACAGGUCAAGUGCUGCUUUCAUCCUUGUGAUUCCUUUGUCCUGAGAGUGUAGGCUGACCCUCGCUCCAUUCUUGCUUGUUUCUCUUUUGUUCUGGUGCUCAUUUCGUAAGAUACAACCACGUAUUCCCUUCACCUGGACGCCGUCCCCUCCAAUUCCAAGAAGUCUCUCUCUCGAUCUUUCUGAGAUAUCUGCUGCUAUACCACUGCGGAUCUCCGCACCAGCUCUGCAUGACCAUGUCCACGGCCCUGCCCCUGUCCAGCUUCACCACAGCCUCUCUGCAGAGAGAGGGUCGGUUUUGGUUGGACGUCACGCUUCCGACUUGCGGGAACCUCAGGUGUAACGGAAACGGGGUGUGCGUGACCCGCGACGCGGCCGAGGGCUGCGAUUGUCGCCUGGGCUACACGGGCCAGUUCUGCCGGGACACGGUGAACGAGGCCGUCUCAGUAUCGCUCUUGCUCGGGGUCCUGGCUGUCAUCUUUGGGAUCAUCGCUGCCGCCUUCAUCUUCGCCAAACUCCGGCAGAAAAGAAAAGCACAGCUCAGAAAAGCCACUGAUCAAGAAAGAGAACGAAUGAAGUUGGAGGGGGAGUGGGCCUAAAGUGACCCCAUCUUUCAAAAGGCCAUAUUGGCAUCGAACAAACUAGAGAUGCGGAAACGAAUGGCAGUAAUAAAAAAAAGGGUCAUGUGUCGUGCAAUGAACAUUUGUCAUUUCAGUUAUUUUUUGGAUGCUAUCUAGAAAUGUUUGUGUAACUGUUACAUCCAUUAUUACCUUGUACAGUGAAAUUAGUUUAAACUGUACCUAAAUCUAGGCUUUCUUUGUCUUUGCGAUUGUAUCUGCACUAAACUAAACUUUUUGAUAUUUACUUGGAGACAUAUUUUGUAUGUAACUGACCUCUGUUCAAAAAAAAAAUUACUGAAAUGGCCCACGAACAAAGUCCUUUGAGGAAACUAUUAUAAUUUGAUUUCAACUUGAAAGUAAUGAUUGCACAUAACAAGAGCUAGAGUAACUCACAAGCAAGACAUGGUAACUUGGUUUCAUGAAAAAUCACAAGAACAUUGUUUUUCCUGCACGCCCACACAUAAUGAUCACACAGACAGCCACUCUGACCGGUCUAGUUGGAUGCACCACUUCCUCUAUAUGGUUUAAAAGCGUAGUUGUCAUGUGCAAUGUGCCUUCGUUUCAGUUCAGUGGAAUGCAUAUGUUUCAAUUUGCUUAAAAAGGUCCAUUGGUUUUUAAAACUAGUGGAAAUGUUUGGAAGUAAAAUACUUAUUUCUUGUGAAGAUUUGACUUUCAUCACUGUUUGACAGACCCUUCAGAUUUAAGUCAUCAAGGAUUAGUCCAGAAAUUAAGCUGCUGCUUUUUCUAUGCCCUGUCAUCUAUUGUUAGUUUAUAUCACAUUUAUUUAUGUGUAGAUUAUCAAGCUUUUAUCCAACUUGUAAAUAAAA